GGGCAUCAGUCACCUUUGGUAACCAUCAAGAAAGAAUCAACAGCUUUAGGAUGAAAUUCUUCGUUUGCUUCGCUCUCAUCGCCAUUGUGGCCUCCGCUCUGGCCUCGCCCACCGGCAGCAGCUCGGUUGCCAUUACCAACCAGGAAUCCGAGGCUGAGAGCCAAGGCUACGGUGAUCUGACCCGUCUGCGCAAGGCCGCUUAUGGCGGCAGCUCGGGCGGUUAUGGCGGCUCCAGCGUGCCAGCUCCACCUUGCCCCAAGAACUAUCUGUUCAGCUGCCAGCCCAACCUGGCGCCAGUGCCAUGCAGCGCUCCAGCUCCCAGCUACGGAUCCGCCGGCGCCUACUCCUCGCCCGUGGCCAGCUAUGUUGCCCCCAACUAUGGCGUGCCCCAGCACCAGCAGUCGCUCUACGGCGCCGCCUACCUGCCUCAGGCCUACGGCUACCAAUACUAGAAGAUCCACAACCCUCGAGACUUAAACUUGACACGGCUUCCAAAGCUGCCGAGAAACUAAAAUCUUAGCUAUGCUUACAGAAAAUGUACAAAAAAAAUAUAUGCAUUAAAUUAAAUGGACAAAAA